AUGCUCCCUCUCCCUUACCUAACAUUCAACCCCCCAUCCUACAUCCUCCAGGAGGGCCAGCAGUUGAUCCAGGAGAAGCCCGAGCUGAGCCCGGUGGUGCGGAGGAAGCUGGGGGAGAUCCGGGAGUGUUGGCAGGACCUGGAGAGUACCACCCAGGCCAAGGCCCGCCAGCUGUUUGAAGCCAACCGGGCCGACCUGCUGGUGCAGAGCUACACCAGCCUGGACCAUCGGCUGCACCAGCUGGAGGGACAACUGUGCUAUGUGGACCAGGGUCAGGACCUGACCAGCGUCAACAAGCAGCUCAAGAAGCUCCAGGUCUCUUCCUCUUCAUUAUAUGGUCCAACUACUGUUACAGUUUUUGGUUUUGGUGAUGGUUGGUUAGGAAUAGUUGGGAAUAUCAUUGGGUUUGGUGUUGCUAUUGUCAUACAUAAUGAAAAUGUAGGUUAGGUUAAAGCAAUUGAAUAUCGCAGUGUAUCUCUAUAUAUAAAAACCUAGGGUUGUUCUGUGUGAAUUACUAAUCCUUUGUCAUCCAUUUUCUCUGAAUGCCAUGCUGUUUUCUCUUCAUUUAAGUGCCUUAAAUGAACCAGAAUGUCAUAGGCUUUUGUUUAACAAAAGCAAUUGGCACUCAACGUAUCACCAGUAAGCUUGGCCUGCACUCCAAUGGGCUGUCAUUGGAGAGUCAGACCAUUCCACCCAAAGCAUGGCUUUACAAUAUAUACUCGGUUAAAGUAACUGUCCAGUGUUUCCAGAUUUCUAUUAAAUAUGUCCUAUAAUUAAUUACAAUAUGAGUUAAAAAAUUGCGUAUGUUAAAAAGCAGCUUUUCUGUGUUGGAAUGGUGUGGGUGUACUCCAACAACAGAAUGGUGUGGGCGUAUACCGGUCAAAAAAAAUAUUCAUGCUUGUAGACCACUGAUUGGCCAGCUCAUCCUCCUCAGGAAAUAGCAAGCAUUUUAUAAACGGUCUGUUUGAGAUACACGUUUGAGGUGGUUUUUUAAAUGUAUUUUUUGUAUUUAAUUUUAUGCUUUGGCCACAAAUACGAGUAUAGGAUGAGUCAACAACAUUAUUUGGGUAUGAGUUAACAGCCUAUGCUACAUUUUAAUAAACAUUAAUAUUGAUGCUAGCCAACAUUCGAUACAGUAGGAGGAGGUUCAUGCUUUUUACUGUCCAGGAUGCUCAACCCCUGUUCUGUCACUACUACUGGGUCCACCACACAGCUUAUCAUUUCAUCAUGCAUCUCUCGUUCUCCUCUCUAACAGCAUGCUGCCGCUAAGGGCUGCUUACAGUUCCUUUUCAGCCUACCAUUGUGCUUUGUGUACAGUACGCUCCACCACCCAACCUCCAUCCAGGGGUACAGUAACCUUUUCACUUCAGUUCAUUUCUCUCAUGGGUACUCUGAUCUUCUCCUUUCUUUUCUUUCCUUCUUUCUUUCCUUUCACUGAAUCCUUUCCAUGGUUUCCUGGAAGGAGGGGGGAAGGGAGGCUUGAAGGGAGUGGAAGGGACGGAAGGAAGGGAAGGGAAGGGACAGGAAGGAAUGGAGGAGGAACGGAGGAAGGGACAGGGCAAGGGAGGGAGGGAGGGCGGGAACGAGGAAGGAGGGAAGGGAGGAGGAAGGGAGAGGGAUCGGACAGGGAAGUGAAGGAGUGGCAAGGAAGGCUGCAAGUGGAGGAGGGAAGGCGGCAAGGGGAAGGGAGGGAGGGAGGGAGGACAGGUAUAGGAAGAAGGAGCUGCAGUAAUGACGAGGAGGAGGUGAGAGGAUAGGUAUCGAUUCAAUUUCUCUGAUUGAAAUCCAUGUGUUGCUGUCUGCAUAAGACAGUAUAUUGCCUUCUCCUUCUAUUCUCCGUUUCUUCUUCUCUCUUUCCUUCCUGCUUGCAUCUUCUUCCUUCCUUCCUUCCUUUCAUUCUUCUCUUUCCUUUCUUUCUCUUCCUUUCUUUCCUUUCCUUCUUUACCUAUCUGUCCUUUCCUUCUUUCUUCUUUCUUAAUUUCUUUCUUUAUCCCUUUCGUACUCUAGUUUUUCUUUUUUUUCUUUCUUUCUGCUUCCUUCCAUCCACUACCACUCACUCUGUGAUCUAUGGUGUGAGCAGAAUCACUGUCUCAUCCCUGAUACUCUAAACUUUAGCUUCAUAUGGAAAUGUAUGAAAAUCUCCACUCCACUGUGUGUGUUUGUGUCUGUGUCUGUGGGAGACUAAGAAAUUGUUCUAUCUAUUAAUUCAAGGACCAUUUCUGUCAAAGUUAGAAAUAAUGUUCAAUUCCCAUGUUUUAUCUUAUUUGUGAUUCAAUGCAUAUGCAUUGGGGUAACAUUUGUGUAUAAGCCAAUAGAAAGUGUGCUUAUUCUCGUGCUAAUCUCUGAGAAUGUCAGGGGAUUCAUUUAACCAUAUAUAGGUACUGAGGCAGCCAUCCCGAAUGCUCUUUUCCUCACAAUUUCUAAGAAUUCCCAAAGUCAAAUCAUCAUGUGAAUUCGUAAGGGAUUGAUCGGCCUCAUUCUGCCUCCUACUCUAAUUCACUUUACCAUGGCACUCAUGCAACAUCUCUUUGUAUCUGGCCCACUUUUCAAAUUAGUUAGCCUCAGUGACACUACUCCACCUCUCUGGUGAUCUCAACCUGAUGUUUGUGUUCCAAAAUGAGUAUCACUGCCUUAGUGAGAAUCCCCAUCCCCCUCAGAAUUACCUGACAGCUAUAUGGCCACUCUGGAGGAGUAAUUGCCUUGUAGUCAAUUGCAGUAGAUCUAACUGCUAUCAUCCAAACACUUCUCAUGCAUUGUUAAGACAGACCAAUAGAGCAACUUAUCAUGUACACCUAGGAAAGCCAUCAGUGGCUGACUCCUGAGUUGGAUGUUGUCAGGAUAUUUUGGUGCGAGGGGAUUGAUACAGGAACCAAUGUAUCCUCUCCAAACUCACCAGGCCUCUCGCUGUCCCAUGGGCUUCCUCUCUCUCUCUUUAUUUUCUAACCUGUCCUUCCUCCUUCCUUCACUCACCCCUCUUCAAACGCUUCAAUUCCAUCCCUCUUUGCUUCUAUUCUAUCUCCUCUCUCACUCCCUCUCCAUUCCCUCGCUCCCUCUCUCCAGACGAUGGAGUGUCAGAUGGAGGAGUGGUAUAAGGAGGUGGGGGAGCUGCAGGUGGCGGCGGCCUCCAUCCCCCAGCAGGGCCAGGUCAUGGACACGGUCAGUGAGCGCCAGGCUGCCGUGGAGACGCGCAUCGUCCGCCUCAUCGAGCCGCUCAAGGAGCGCCGGCGCAUCCUUCUGGCCUCCAAGGAGGUGCACCAAGUGGGCCGGGACCUGGAGGACGAGAUA